GGUGAGAGAAAGAAGCCAAAAAAACAAAAUGCACAUAACUCAGUGUGUCUAGACCUUGAUAGCACACAUGGACACCAGCUGUAGGAUUUCACCAGGCUCAUUGUGCGUGUUCUCUCGUCUGUUCGCUCCAGCGCUUCGUGCAUCAAUAACGUUGAGAACAACAUCAGAGUUUUCUCAUCAUUUCCAAUUGAUUUGCUUUCGCACUCGUGACCUUUAAUUUUGUUUAGGAUCAGUUUCUUUACUUCCUUCCUCGCACAACAGUUUGAAAGUGGCAAACGUCUCCGGUUUUUCCCGAUCGUUCCGGUUCAUUCUCGUUUUCCCCGCCCCUUUUUUUAUUGCCUUGAAAACAAGGGAUUUGUUUUUGUCUGUCUCUCAAUAAAAAGGGAUUUAGACUCUCAAUCUUGAAGGCUGAGCUGAAAAAUUGAGCGUCUGAAAAGUGCGACUUAUUCGGUUGGUUUCACUGAUAAGAGCAAGAAGUUCACUGAAGUCACAGGAAUCCAAGUAACAGCAGCCCAUCAUGUUUCCCCUGCUGUGCUGGACAACUUGCUAGACCGGACAUCUUUUUUUUAUCUCAUGGUGGAUGAACAAAAAGUGCGCGCAAUAGAAUUAUCCGCAUCAUGAAUUUGGUGACGUUUUUCUUCAUCAUAGCCGCCGUUGGAUGCCUAGUCGUGUUCUCUUCGGCGACUCUCUCUCCAACUUGCCAAUGGAACAGAGCAGCCGGGACCGGAAGGAGGGCUGAGAAGGACAAGAAUAGCCUAGACUGCUCUUCGCCGUCCAUCCAAUUACGCUACAAAGGGAAUGAAUUUCAUGAUAUAGAAGCGGGGAGGAUUCCGGCGUGGGUAGGGCCAGACGGAUUAAUGCGAGUUCCAUCGGCUUUGCCUUACUUGACUUCAUCGGAUAUCGCCUCUUCAAGUCCGGAGGCUUUAUCGCAUGGCACUAACAACAGCCCUUACGGUUUUGUUGUCCUGCCCGAAAUCUCCUCCUCCCAGACGGACGACGCUGAGUUUGAAGGGUCAAACGAACAAGAAGAUGAUGAAGAAGAAGAAAGUUCGUUUCGUCGACUGUUAAAGUUAGCUCCUUUAUUGUCAAAAAAGGAAUCACAGACAACUGGCCGUAAUCUCUAUGAAUUCUCCCCGUCUACUGACAGAGAAGAUGUCAGUUUCGCGGAAUUGCUAGUACCUACCGCCACCCAUGCGGAUGGUUCGGAUAUCUUCCAAUUCGAAACCUACGAUCCGUCUAACUCGUAUCCGACGGAAUUUGACGCUUCCGACAUCGAUCUACCGUCCGGCUGUUACAUCGUGCCAGUCGUCCUAGAAGAUGAUCCGCCAGGCUAUCUCAUAUGCAACGACAGUACCAUGACCAAAAUUCCGUCCGACUUGCCACGACAAGUUGCGCUCUCCAUUUUCGAGAUGAAUAAUACGAACGUCGAGACUCUGGCAAGUGGAGACUUUCGACAGCUGGACGUCGUCACUAUAAAAUUUGACAGUAAUGCUCAGCUGGUCACCAUCGAACUUGGCGCUUUUGACGGCGUCACCAGCCUCCACUCUCUUUACAUCGAACACAGUUCGAUCAGCACGCUGAAUUGGCAAGUGUUUGACGGGUUGGACGGGCUGGAAAUGCUCUCGCUAAAAGCUAAUCUGAUCAACUUGACGGAAAUGUUCAAGACUACGCCCGGCGACGAGGAAACGUGUGCCCUGCCUGAUCUUCAUUUCCUUGAUUUAUCAGAGAAUCCUCUGAGAUCUCUCAAUCAGUACGCCUUUUGGCAGCUGCGUGAGUCGCCCAUCAUGGAGCUCAGUCUUAAAUCGUGCGGACUCGCUUUCAUCCAUCAAGAUGCAUUCGAGCCAUUGUCCUCUUUGAAGCACGUCGACUUUUACAACAAUCCCAAAUUGGUGUCCAUCUUCUCGCACGAGAUGAAAGCCCCGAGUUUACCUCCUUCCAUCUUUAAACUGGGUCUUGGCAACAACCGUUUCGUCCAGAAAGUACCGCUGGCGAUGCUGCAGAACAUAUCACGUUCACUGGUGCAGAUUAAUUUGUCAAUCAAUUUUUAUUUCCUCCUCUCCGAAAAUGUGUGGCCUUCCAUUGAGUUUGACAACUUGACAACCCUCAUUCUCGAAUCCUGCAGCAUCUCCGUCGUCAACGAAACAGCUUUCCAGAAUAUGCCUAAACUGAUCUAUCUCUACAUGGGCAAGAAUCAACUGACACAGGUGGCCCCUUACACUUUUCCGCAAUCGCUUCAGCUAUUAAGCGUCCGGCAAAAUCCACAAAUGAGCGGAUUGUUUACCAUGUCCAAAGACAACUUUGCCGGAAUGACGAAUCUGCAGUGGUUGGAUAUGAAUUCAAUGAGUAUCAACUCGAAAAACCUAUCGGCUGAUGCCUUUCAGGGGCUCAACAAUCUCUGGUACUUGCAAAUGCGUAAUUCAGGACUCUCCGAAAUCCCUUCCCGUUUCUUCUCUUCUCUGACGAAACUUGUGGUACUCGAUCUCGGUGAGAACUCCAUCAGCACGCUACCGCCACAAUUCUCUGUCGGCCUCACGAACACCCUCAUGCUUUUCUUGGACCAUUGCUCGUUGGAUUUCCCAGCAGAAAUUGAUUACAAUUACCAGCCAUUUCGCGGGAUGAAAAAUCUGUCCAUGCUCUUCCUGAGUAAAAACAGCAUUAACCAGUUCACCCCCAAUUUGGUGGCUAAUCUUAGCCAACUGUCUGCUUUGCAUUUGAACGGAAAUCAACUCCACACCUGGGAAUUUGGUACAACGGCCUACAUGCCCCACUAUGCUGCCAUCGCCGUCUCCAACAACAAAAUUCAGUUUCUACCUAACCAAACGUACGAGGAAUUCUCCCGGGUAGCAGCCAUCGAUUUGAGCGAUAACGCUCUCAUCUGCAACUGUCAAACUCUUGAUUUGCUACGACUGGCUAAUUCUACCAACACAACCGUUUUAAAUUGGAACAUAGAAGGUGCUUACACCUGCACCGACACAUCUACCGAACCAUUUGUCAUCAAACAGAUCCCACUCAUGUCAGAGGAAGAAUUUGAAUGCAAGAGUGAAAUCAUCCCAUCUACAGUCGAGCCCAAUCCUGACGAGAAUACGGACACGGUCGCUAUUGUGUCGUCGGUCGUGGGUGCCAUGAUAGUUGUUCUAAUUUUCUUGGCAGCUGUCGCAAGUUGUUAUUUUAGACGUAAAAAAGGACAGAGGAAAUGGUUUGAUGCCCGAAACCAACUCACCAUACCAAAUGAUGGCUUGGGGGCGAAAACGGACGACGGCGACAAAGAGUUCGAGUUUGACGCUUUCAUCUCGUUCAACGAACAGGAUCGCUCCUGGGUCUAUACUCAUUUAGUGCCCCAGUUGGAGUCGUCGGACCCCUCAGAUUCAGGAGAUUGUGUAGUCAAGCCGUUUCGCCUGUGCAUCCACGAUCGAGAUUUCACGGUUGGCCAGCGAAUUACGGAGAAUAUUAUCGAGAACAUUGCCAAAAGUCGCAAGGUGAUUAUUGUUCUGUCUCGUGGUUACGUCGAAAGCAAAUGGUGUCAGUUCGAGCUGCAUUUAUCGCAGCACCGUUUGCUCGAGUCAGAGCGACGUGACGCCUUGGUCCUUAUCCUUCUAGAGGAUGUGCCCAAGCAACAGCAGAAUGCCGGACUGAGAUAUUUGAUGAGUACGAGGACUUAUCUGGCCUGGCGGAGUGACCAGGAAGGGCAGAAACUAUUUUGGCUGCGGCUCCGUCAAGUGUUGACGGCACGUAACCGUGAUUCUAACCCCGUAGUCACGCUUUCUGCGAGCACCUGAAUGUGGAGAGGAUUAUUUUGCUUCCCCCUCGUUAUGUCCAUCCUGGUACGACGGACAUUCUGAUACAUAUACGUACGAUACUAAGAUUAACAACAGGUAUAACUACGUAUUUAUACCUUUUUUCAUCGUUAUUCUACUCGUCGAAUUUUCAUCGAAUUCUCGUCGCUAAAAACGUUGUCAAGAGCCAAUUUAUAAGGUGUAUCUUUUGGUAUGCGCAUUAGAUCAAAAUAUAUGUUACGAUUCUUUUAAUGAUUUAACAUUUUUAAGUUCGUGAUAUCACAUGUUGAUUUGAAUACCUAUGGGAUUCAUUUAUUAACUAUUUCACUUCGUUAGUACUUCAUACAUCAGUGGAAAAAUAAGCUGUGCUUUACAGAGAGAUUAGACGAGCCAUACUAUUUAAAAUUCCCGCCAGUGUAAACGCGUACAUCACAUUUUUUACUGUAGUACCUGAUUUGUGAAUGUCGUUAUAAUGCUCAGAUAAGUGUAUACAUUUUAUGCUAAGCUACCAACGUCUAUUGAAUGCGAAUAAAUAAUACUUAUUUCAUUCAA